GUUAUGACCCCCGCUGGGUUCUUCUCCUUUCUCAAUACUCAAUUACUAAUAUCUAUUCUUCACUUCUUCCAUUUCAACACUCUCAAACUAUAUUCUAAUUUUGAGGUUGUGUACUGAUGUAAACACAAAAAACAAAAAACAAAACAUAUUGUGGGGAGUUGUUCAUAUUACAUGUUUUUUGGGUUUUCUUGAAAGCUUUGUCUUGUUGGGUUUUUGUUUUGUUUUUGGAUGGGAACUGAGAGAAGUGAAGAAACUGUGUUGAAGAAAGAGAAGAAAUAUAAUGGUGGGGAAAGUGAGAGAGGGCAAUGGUUGUUGUUGUGCAGUUGUAAAUUUCUACAACCUUGUACAAGUUGGUCUUGUUUUAGACAAGGGUGUUACUCUUUUUACAAGUGAUACUACAGCCAUCUUGCAUCUCUUAAAUCUUGUAUAAAAACAAAACAUCUGUCCCAGAACAAUACACAAUUAAGGCUCUCUCUCUUUUUUCUUUUUCUUUUUAAUCUGUUUGAAAUUUACCUAAAGGUUUAUUCAACCAUGAAGAGGUCACUUGGCAGCUCAGAUUCUUUGGGUGCUUUGAUGUCUAUCUGUCCCACAACAGAUGAACAUAGUCCUAGGAACAACCAUGUUUACAGCAGGGAGUUUCAGUCGAUGUUAGAUGGAUUAGAUGAAGAAGGGUGUUUAGAAGAAUCAGGUCAUGUUGCUGAGAAGAAGAGAAGAUUAAGUGUAGAUCAAGUUAAGGCCUUGGAAAAGAAUUUCGAGGUUGAAAACAAGCUUGAACCUGAAAGGAAAGUGAAGUUGGCUCAAGAGCUUGGUUUGCAACCAAGACAAGUAGCUGUCUGGUUCCAAAACCGACGUGCUAGGUGGAAGACCAAGCAAUUGGAAAGGGAUUAUGGCCUUCUUAAAACCAGUUAUGAAACUCUUAAGGCCAAUUAUGAAGCCUUACAACAUGACAAUGAAGCUCUUCUCAAAGAGAUAAGAGAGUUGCAGGCAAAGCAUAGUGGAGAAAGCACUGAGACAGAGAGCAAUGUUUCAGUGAAAGAAGAAGUGAUUGUAUCUGAAAAUACUGAUAACAAAACACUUGAACAAAGUGAACCAGCUGCAGAUCUCAACUACGGAUCAGUUGUUCUUGGUGCAACCCUUUUUCCAGACAUGAAAGAUGGAUCAUCGGACAGUGAUUCCAGUGCUAUCUUAAAUGAAGACAUCAUCCUCAACACCAACACCAACAAGGACAAUAGCCCUAACAACGCGGCUUUUUCAUCAUCUGGGGUGUUAGAGCUAGACAGCCAACACCACCUUUUGAUAUCAUCUUCUUCGUCACCAACAUCCUCCAUGGAUUGCUUCAAUUUCACAAAAACAAGCUAUCAACCCCACCAGUACGUGAAGAUGGAAGAACAUAAUUUCUUCACUGCAGAUGAAGCUUGUAAUUUCUUUUCAGAUCCAAGUCUUCAUUGGUAUUCUCCUGAACAAUGGAACUAAAAUGAAGCUCCAAGAUUUUUGUAAGAUGGGAAUUAUGUAAGAAGUUAAAAAUUAGUACCCAAUACCAUGAUCUUCAGCCAGUGAUGGAAGUCAAUAAUGCAGAAAAGAAAAGAAGGGAAUAUGGAGAAGAAGAGGAAGACCGGGGGGGGGGGGGUUCACGUGGGAUGGGGGCAAAAGGUGACAAACACCAAAAAGAAGGGGCGUGCGGGAAUGAUUAGAUCGUAAUUGGGACCUUUUAAUUUCUCUCUUCUGCUGUAAAUGGAAAAUUCUCCAUAAUCCAUUGGUGGAAAGUGAAACUUCCUUUAAUGGAGAGAAGCUGAACCCAUAAUAAUAAUAUUAUUAUUAAUAAUGAACAUUAAUCAUCAUUGCUCCUUA